AUGGGCUCCUACACGUUCAAAUGGGAGGGUCCCGCCAGCGACGUCUAUGUCACCGGCACCUUCGACGACUGGGCCAAGACCGUGCAGCUGGACCACAAGGAUGGUCGUUUCGAGAAGACGGUCCAGCUGCCCGUGAAUGACGACAAGGUGCUUUAUAAGUUUGUCGUCGACGGCAAUUGGACCACCAGCACACAGGCCCCUCAGGAAGACGACGGCCACGGCAUCUACAACAACGUCCUCCUCCCCGCCGACAUUUCCUCCCCCCCAUCCGCUCACAUCAUGUCUUCCGCCGCCCCCGAUUCCACCACCGCCCAGCUUGCCGCCGACGAGCCCAAAGAGACUCCCAGGGCCGAGGACGUCCCCGGCGCCUUCAUCGAGACCCCCGCCAACGAGCUGCAGUCCUUUUCCGUGAACCCCAUUCCUGCCUCCAAUGGCGAUGCGAAUCCCAUAAAGCUCGCCCCCGGCGAGAAGGUCCCUGAGCCCGGCACCCUCCACUCCAACACCGUCGAGUCGACCGUCCAGGACGAUGAGGAGCUCAAGGCCCAGGACGAGGAGAAGGAGCAGGCCUUUGGCGUGACCCCGCUGCCUGCCUCCAACACUGCCGGCAACCCCAUCACCCUGGCGCCUGGCGAGAAAGUCCCCGAGCCCGAGUCCAUCUCCGCAAACAACAUCCACAGCAACGUCACGCUGGACAAGGAGUCGUAUGAGAAGGGCGAGUCGCUUCCGCCGCAGCUUGGCCCCGUCGUCACUCCUGAGGCCGAGCGUGGCGCCGCCAUGUUUGACAUCCCCGGCAUCACCUCCACCACCAUCCCCGAGUCCAGCCUUCCCAUUGGAUCUGGCCCGAGCGCGACCGACGCCGAUCCUGGUGUGACCGUCCAGUCCGCGCACCCUGAGAGCACCACCGCUGCUCUCGCCGGUCAGGUUCCCAAGGAGCCGCGCAGCGUUCCCGAUGUCGUUUCGGAGAGCCAGGCUGAGGCUGGAGCUGCUCCCGAGGCCUCCGCAAACCCCGUUGCUGUCGACGAGAAGGCCGAGACGGAGCAGGAGCUUCUUGAGAAGGUUCCCGAGCAGCCGGCUACUUCUGAAAACUCGCCCGUGGCCAAUGUUGCUGGCGCUGUCGCUGGUGGUGUUGCGACUGCCGGUACCAUCGCACUUGGCGCUGCCGUCAUGGCAAAGGACAAGGCCUCUGAGGCUAUUGGCGCUGCCACCACAACCGAGUCGUCUCCCGAAGAAGUGCCCAAGGUUGUCAGCGAUUCCAUCGAGGAUGCUCACGCUAGCCCUGAGGCGGCCGCGAACCCUGAGGCUGUGGCCGACAAGGCUGAGGUUGAGGAUGAGCUUCUGAAGAAGGUCGCUGAGUCGAACGCCACGGGUCAGACUGCUGAGGAGAAGGAUGUGCCUGCUGCGGUUUUCAGCUCCAUUGAGCAGUCUGGACAGAGCCCUGAGGCUGCCGCGAACCCUGAGGCCGUGGCCGACAAGGCUGAGAUGGAAGAGGAGCUUCUUCAGAAGGUCCCUGAGAGCGAAGCCAACGGAGCUGCUUCCACCAGUGCUGUCCCUGACGUCGUCAAGGAGUCCAUCGCCCAGGCUGAUGCGAGCCCUGAAGCUGCCCUCAACCCCGAGGCGGUCGAGGCCAAGUCUGCCAUGGAGAGUGAGCUGAAGCAAGAGAUCCAGCCUACGGACGAAAUCGCCGAUGUUGCGCCCACCGAGAGCGCCGCUCUGUCUGCCACGGCUCCUGCUGCUACGACCGAGGCCGAAAACGAUCUCAGCCCCAAGGCGCUGUCUCCGGAUGAGCCUCUCAAGUCGUCCAGCGAGCCCUCGGUCCCCGAAACCUCGCUCACCGUGCCUCCGGGAUCCGACGCAAAGGUGAAUGAGGUUCCUGGCGACCUCAAUGCUCCUGCCGACAAGCCUGCGCGGACCGAGGUGAGCCGCGAUGUCAGCCCCCUGGGCGACCCUGCCGCUCCUACCACCACUGAGCAGACCGAGCCCACGGUCACCACUGGCACCGAGACCACCACUGCGCCCGCGACCUCGGGGGCCGAUGCCGAGUCUGCUCCUCCCACUACCACUGAGCAGACUGAACCCACCGUCACUACCGGCGCCGAGACCACUACCGCGCCUGCAACUUCGGAAGCCACGGAGGCCGACCAGAAGCCCCCGGCCACUCCGGCCAAGUCGGAGAAGGACAAGUCCGCGCCUGGCACCCCUGCCUCCUCUGGGUCUGACAAGAAGGCCAAGAGGCGUAGCUUCUGGGGAAAGAUCAAGGACAAGUUCACUGGAGGCGGUCACAAGGAGCAGCCGCAGCCAGCGGCGUCUUCCUGA